UUACAUUUUCUGGGGAAUUUAUCUACUUUACCUAGUUUUCUCAUUGAUCAAACUCUUUAUAUAGUAAUCUUUUAUCUUCAUUUUGUUAAUUGAUUGUUUGAUCUUAGAUCGGCUAUUGAUUUGCUCAAGCAGCUUAAUGAUAAGCUUCAUACAGAUGAUUUGGCUAUGAAAGUUGUUUUCGACGAGAUAUUCUGUGUAAUUACUGAGAAACAACCUAAUGAUUUAAGGUUUGCCUUGGCUUUGUUUCAAGCCAUAAAGGAUGAAUUUGGCCUUAACUCUUCUCGUAAAAGUCUCGACUUUCUCCUUACUUCUUGCGUAAACGCAAAAGAUUUACAGAACUCUCUUUUAAUUUGGAGUGAAUAUCAGGUAGCUAGCCUUCGUUUCAAUGUUUUAACAUUCUUAAGGAUGUAUCAAGCCCUUUUGGCUUCAGGAGAUCCCAAGUCUGCGAAGAGUUUGCUAACUAAGAUUCCGAUGGACGACUCGCACGUUCGAUGCAUUAUCAAGGCAUGCCAAGAGACUUAUGUUCAGCCAUCGAGCUUGACAAAGACAAAAAAAGCAGAAUGUGAAGAAUAA